AUAUUAAAUGCUUCGCGUACAGUCGAUUUUAUACAUUGAACGUCUCUGGUCUUCUCCUCACGUCCACCAUAAGCAAUACGCCUCUUACCUAUCGUCAUCUGAACAUGCAGAAGUGCAGGAGGUGCAAGAAUCAGAGGAUUUAAUACAGCAAGUUCAGGCACAACCGAAGGCUAUAGCAACAGAGCAAGUUCUUGUACAGGAAGAUAUUCCUGCCAUGGAUACGACCGCUGAAGCAGAUGGUAACCAAGUUGCUGCCAUGACUACUACUACUACUACUGUUACUACUGUUACCACUACUGAAGCUGAAGCUGAUAAAGACAUUCCUAUUGGUGUUUCUGAAGUCAUUGAGGUUACAGAAAAGCAAGCCCAUUCUGAAUCAGAGUACAACACAGGCAACGAGAUCGAGCAAGAGGUAUUCAUACUUCAGGUGGAUGACAAGCCUGUUUUGGAAAAUAUGCAAGUAGUCGAAGAAAGCGUAGUACUCGUGGUUGAUACUCAAAAAUCCUCAAGUGACGAAGAUAACAGUCAAGAGGAUGAAGAAGAAAUCACAUCAUCCUCACCUGUACUAGCCAAUACAUCUAUCAUUUCAUCUGGUUCCUCACUAACGCCUGUGACACCUACGUCGAUUGAUUCUCCUCUUGAACUCAGGCCCACGUCCACACGAAACUCGAUCUUUCGUCGAGAAACGACCAAGCUGAAUCAUAAACGUAAGACGUUGACCAAGAAGUUAAAGAACGUACUCGGUCAUCCUACCAAAAGAACCUCCGUGUAACUAAAACAGUCAUGCUUUAUUUUUAUUCAUACCCCUUAUAUAUUUAUAAAUAUCAUCUAUCCAUAUAUAUUUAUGUAUCACCAUAGCAACAAAAUAUACAAAGCAACGUCUUGUGGCAUAUUAUUAUUAUUAUUAUUUAUCAGUAGCUUUUAUUUUCCAUCAAUAAACAAGUUUUUUUUUUUU